GUGGCGGGGCUUGCUGGGAUCAUGGCGGAGAAUCACUGCGAGCUCCUGCCGCCGGCCCGGGGCGGCCUCGGGGCGGGGCUGGGUGGCGGCCUGUGCCGUCGCUGCAGCGCGGGGCUCGGCGCCCUGGCCCAGCGCCCCGGCAGCGUGUCCAAGUGGGUCCGGCUCAACGUCGGCGGCACCUACUUCCUCACCACUCGGCAGACGCUGUGCCGGGACCCGAAAUCUUUCCUGUACCGCUUGUGCCAGGCCGACCCCGAUCUGGACUCGGACAAGGACGAAACAGGUGCCUAUUUAAUCGACAGAGACCCCACCUAUUUUGGGCCCGUGCUGAACUACCUGAGACAUGGCAAACUGGUGAUUAACAAAGACCUCGCGGAGGAAGGUAAGCCGACUUUUGAGCAUAGGUGCCUUAGCUUUGGCGGCAAGGGCCUGACAAAGGUGCCACGGGCUCCACUUAAGACGCAGAUGCCUGCAGCCUGGGCCCCCAGGGAGGAGCAGGCCCUGUACUCUGAAGCUGGGGCCUACGUUCUGGUGCUGAGGCCACGGGCAGCAGCGCAGCUGCCGGACAGGGAGGUCUGGGGACCCUGUGGCUGUGGGGUCCUCCCCGGCUGCAGCUCCUUGGAGGGCUCCCUCUGUGCAGGCUCCAGCUGGCGACACAAGGGGGCGAGGGGCUCCUCCCUGCUGUGACUGAGGUGGUCUGAGCAGGUGUGUGAGGCACAUGCCCGGUGAUGCCCACAGUGUGGCUCAAGGCCCUGGUUCCCUGGCCUGCUCUCCCUCAGGGACAGCCCAAGGGUGGUAUCUCUGUGCCAUCACCUGGACUGUGCCUGCUGCUGCCAGCUGCCGUGUUCCAUUCUGAGUGGUGGUGGUGCAGGGACGGCACCCACACGCGUGGGCCCAGGCUGGCCUGCCUGUGUGCUGUAGUGCUGGCUUGGCUCAGAACAGCCCGAGGCCUUGCCAUGAAGACUGAGGGUUUCUGGGCACCUGCGUGCAGGCGUGGCCCUGCUCCCCGGCGUCCGUGUCUGUGCAUCGGUCUGUACUGGGCAGCGUCUCACUCCGUUUUUGCUCUGGGUCUCUGGGCCUCGGCAUCUGCCUGCCUCCUCCGAGUUCACGCGGGGCGCAGGGUGACGGGAGCUGUGGCCCAGCCCUGCCCCCGCUCUGAGACUGUGACCCACGCUGCCCACUCCUGUCUCUUUGGCAGGCAAUGUCUUUCAUAUGCGCUCUCUCUGGUCGCCUGGGCAGCCCCUUGUGUUCUGCCGUGGAGCCGUCUGAGUCCAGGCUUCACUUUAUCUCAGUCUGUCCCUAGUGGGAUUGGCUCAGAAACAGGCGCUAGACACAAACCGCCUGGGCUCGCUGGCCCGCCUCUAACCCACCUCCGACGCGGCCACUCGGUGCUGGACAAGGGGGCUGUGCGGGACCCGUGCAGGGCUGGGAAGCCUGUGACUCUGAGGCUCUCGUCUCUAUCCUGCGUGGCCCUGUGCUAUGUAGGUGGCGGGGUGUUGUCCUGAGCUGCCAUGUCCCAUGUGUGGGUUCCUCUGGAGACCACCCAUGAGGAAGCCCUGAGGCUGGACCUGUGGAAUCUGCUCUUAAGGCUCUUAAGGGAGGUGCGCAGUCCCUAAAUGCGGCACAUUACGGAUGGCAGACUUUCGGAAGAACUGGAAGUGACCCUCUCAGCCAGCCACAGUCUUCCCUUUGAAUGGGGUAAACUGAGGUGCCAGGUGACUGAGACAUAUGCACAAGGCUGCAGGCCUUAGCCCCACACAGCUCCCCACCCAGUGGCAUGGCCGUGAGCAGGUUCCCAGCAGGAAGCGUUGGCCUCCAGGCUUGGAGGGAAAAUACCAGCUCCAAACCUUAACAUGCCAGAGCCUCGGCACAGACGUGCGCUGAGCUGCGUGUAACCAGCACUCCGUACCUGG